AUGUCUUUAUUAACUUUUCACAUAAAUAUUGCUACUGUUUUCUCUAAAUCUGGUCCACCACCACCUAUCAUAAAACGUGGUCGACCAUCAUUAGAAUCAAAAUUAAAUGAAAAUAAUUCAACAACAACUUCACGAGCUACACCAACUUCAGCUCCACCUUCAAGUACACGAUUUGACAAAUAUGAUCAUUGGCCUACAAUAACAUCAAAAGGACGUUGUCGAAAUAAUGCCUGCAAUGGGUAUACAAGAAUAUCUUGUUCCAAAUGUAAAAUUCGUUUAUGCUUGAACGAAAAAAAUAACUGUUUUACUAAUUAUCAUAAUUAAUGCGCCUUUUCUGAAGUGAUACUUAUUCUACUUUUUUGUUUUAUUAUUUGUUUGUCUCAUCUCUCUAUGCAUAACUGAACUUUUUUGUGAUU